GUAAUAUGAAAAGUGAACCACUAAAACUGAUGAUUAUUCAAGUUUAAGGGAAUUUUGUAAUACCCUGCUAUGUUAUUUCCCCAGAAUCAGCCACCUGGUGGCAAAAGUGGUAACUACCUAGUCCUACUCGCAUCUAAGUAAUUGAAGUGGUUUAUUUUAAUUUUAUUUCGAAUUUUUCCUUAUGAAAGUGGAAAUUAUGGCUGUGAACAAUCAUCAACUUGAUACCGUUAACGAAUUGGUUGAAGCCCCAACAUUGAUGAACAAAGACUCUAAAAGUAACAAGACAUACAAAUGAACUAAGAAAGCAUGUCUGAUGAAAAUGAUAAGGAGGAUGCAGCCAUAGCUGAGAAAGAUGACUCUGUUCCCACAAUUCAACCUAAUUCAUGUGAUGUGUUAAAUAGAGAGCAAAAUAUACAAAAACGUUGGCUUGAAGAUGAUGACAUUAUCAUUGGAGAUGAUGUUGAGGAGUCAAGUAAUUGUUAUGGUAGGAGAACUGAUCAGGAUGUUUCAGGUGAUGAUCAUACAGAUGUGUCUACUUGUGAUCCAGCGGUUGAAACCUCCAAGCUAAAAGCACAAAGAUAUAUGAAGCCUCAUAACAUAGAAACCCAAUCAAAUAGUGCAUUUUUAAUUCCUGGGGGACACAUGACUGAUAUAAAUUUGGAUGAUGUAUCACGGUCUCUCCAUGGUUCUCCAACAUUACUAAAAGAUCUUGGUUACACUUCCACAAUGUCAGAUCUCCCAGUGUGGAAACCCUCAUGUGAAGCCCAAUCACCAAACCCCAAUGCGGCAUUUAGGUUCUCAAAAAAGGAUUCGGAUCAAUUGGGAAAUGCAAUUCAACUCCAGAUAAAUAGUUAUAGAGAUGCUAAUGAUAAUUUAGGAGAUGAGCUUAAGGAUUAUGUAAUAGAUCAUGAAGUAAUGUCUGUGCUCAAUACGGUGUCUGUGGAAUCCUGUGAUCUUGUUAGCAAAACUGACAUUAAUCAAAAAUUUAAAGAUACACCUCAAACACCAACGCAGGCAGAAACAGUGACGUCAAAACAAGUAAAUGAUGUCAUUGAUGUGAAUUUUAUAAAUGACUUGGUGAAACUUGGUGCUCUUUCAGAUUCAAAACUGGCUAGUCCCAAUGUUCCAUUUCCUAAUGCUAAUGCUAUAGACCAAGAGAGUGAGAUGGAAAUAAACAUAGAAAGCUUUAACAUUGAUGACCAGGAUCUGAUUCAUGAACUUCCACAAUUAAUUAUUUUGAAGAUUUUUUCCUUCUUCUCUCACUCAGAGCUUUGUCAUAAAAUCAUGCAUGUUUGCAAAGCCUGGUAUUGCCUGGCCCAUGAUCCAUUAUUAUGGCAGCAUAUAUCUAUAACAUCAGACAAAGAUUUAGACAAUGGAACAAUUCUACGUUUAAUGAAAAGAAGUCCACAGUUGAAAAAACUCACGAUGUGGGGCAGGAAUGAACUCAACCAAACUCUAGUCUCAUCCUUUAUAAGAUACACCCCAAAAUUAAAAACACUAAUCCUUGAAUUCUGUCAUAAUGUGAAUUCAAACAUGUUGAGAAUUUUCAUUAAAAAUUGCUCAAAAAUUUCUGAGUUGAAUUUAGAAGGCUGUGAUCAAAUAGAUGCAAAUUGUGUGAACAUGAUAACAGACCUUCAGUACAUUUGCAAGCUCAACUUGUCUCAUUGUGUAAAGCUAACUGAAGAUGAUAUUGUGACAUUAGUGCAUGCUGCAGAGCCUAACCAGUUUGUGGAGUUCAAUAUAGAUGGCAUCUCAUGUAUUACAGACAGCGUAUUGGAACAACUUGUGUUACAUCAUCAAUCAAGCCUCACCAGUCUCACAAUAGAUGGAGCUGAGAUAUCAGACGAAAGUAUGGCACAUAUUUCCAACUGUGAGAACAUGAGAAAGUUCAGUAUUUCCUUCGCUGAGCUACUUACAGACAAAAGCUUGAUUUACUUGAAGAGAUUGCAGUCAUUAACAGAGCUGAGACUUAAAAAGGGUAUAGGGUUUUCUACAGAGGUUUUACAAGAUUUCUUUGAAAGUCAUCAACUGAACCUGGAGUACCUUGAUCUCACAGAGUGUACCUUCCUCCAGGAUUCUGCAGUUUUCCAAAUAACCAAACAAUGUGGUAAAACCUUGAGAAGUCUUGCAUUAUGUUGGUGUUGGGACCUGACAGAUGAUAGUCUCAUCUCAAUAGUGGACAACUGCCCAAACAUCAGACAUCUUGACCUAACUGGACUGGACAAAAUAACAGGGAGUUGCUUGGACAGAAUACCAGAAGAAAUGCCCCACCUGAAGUUCCUAGAUCUGCGACAGUGCAAUAAUAUUAUUGAUGAGUUGAUACAAGAUGUUGUGCGAAGAAAGAAGGAUUUGACUGUGAUUAACUAUUAUGGAGAGGAAUUCUCAGUAUUUGGCAACACCCUGUAUGUAUCCUAUUAAACAUUUGUGAAUCAUACUAUGUAUGUCAUACUUAAAAGGAACACUGAUCUGGCUUUGAGACAAUAUUGCUUGGAUACAACCAUCUCAAAUGAUUCUGCAACACUACCACCUCAUGUGCAACUUAUACUGCUGGUACUCACCAAGUCAAAUGGAGAUGCACUGGCCAACUUGGGGCAUUUACUCUUGAGUGUCUAGGAGUCAAUGGAGACUUUCACCUUGCAUGUAAAAUUGAAAUGGCAACGUAUAAAUCACCCUAUACAAAUGCAUGUUCUCAAAUGAAUAAUCGUUCAGUUACAGUGUUUACUUAGUCUGUUACUUAGGCUACAUUACAUCGUGUAAUAUGUCAAUGAUUGUUAUAUAGCUGGUUUUCUAUGAUACAUACCUUCAACAAGCUCAUUUUGUAAGAUAUUUGGAGCUAAAACAUGUAUGACAUACAUCAUUUUCUUCAGAAAGCAUUAUACUGUGCACUGAAAUCAAAAUUGCCAACAUAGUAUUCAACAGACAUGAGUAGAAUGAUUAACGUUGACAACAACAUGAAAUU